AUGGAAGAGGCAAAAUCAGCUAUUCGACUCCGGCGAAAGUGUCUCCGAUCCCUCCGACGUCUGCGGCAAUGUGAUCCGGGUCAUCCCGAGGCGUUAACGAAAUUCCAGGAAGCACGAGCAGCGGCACGAAAGGCGAUCAGUAAGGCAAAGGAGCAGUCAUGGGAAAAUUUCGUAGCGAAAAUAUCACCCAGCAGCACGACGACCGAACUGUGGCGGACGGUGAAUACUUUACGCGGUAACCGGCAACAGCGCCCGGUUGUCCUCAAGCGAACGGACGGAUACACGGACAAUCCCGAAGAAGCUGCAGAAGAACUUGCGAAAGUGUAUUGCGAGAGAUCGGCGACUUCCAGCUACCCUCCAUCGUUCCAGAUGGCGAAAGUGGCAGCUGAACGACGGUCCAUAGAUUUUUCGCACCACAACGAUGAUGUGUACAACAUCGAUAUUACUCUGAGCGAACUUCUGUGGGCCCUCGACAAAGGGCGAGGUGCCUCAACAGGUCCAGACUCCAUCGGGUACCCCCUAUUACAACGUCUUCCGCUAUCCGUGAAAACGACGCUUCUCGAGCUGCUGAACUCUAUCUGGCGCAGCGGAGAGUUUCCUGCCAGCUGGCGGAAUGCCAUCGUCGUUCCUAUCCCGAAACCGAACUGCCACGAUUCCGGACCAAAUGCCUUCCGGCCAAUCUCUCUCACCAGCUGCAUGGCAAAGCUCCUCGAGAGAAUUAUUAAUCGGCGACUGAUCACCGAACUCGAAUCGAGUGGACGGCUCGACAAGCGCCAACACGCUUUUCGUGCUGGACACGGUACCGACACGUACUUUGCCGAGCUUGAAAGGUCACUCCCUACUACCGACGAGCACUGCCUGAUAGCAUCUCUGGAUCUAUCGAAGGCGUACGACACCACAUGGCGAUACGGUAUAUUGCGAACUCUAAAGUCUUGGCGAAUACGUGGUCGGAUGCUCAAUCUGUUGCAAAGUUUCCUCUCGGAACGCACUUUCCAGGUGUCCAUAGGGGGACACAUGUCUCAAGAGUACCUUCUGGAGAACGGAGUACCUCAGGGUUCCGUCCUGUCUGUAACGCUGUUUCUCGUCGCGAUGCAGCCUAUUUUUCGUGUGCUGCCUGCAGGUGUUGAAAUCCUUCUAUACGCGGAUGACAUCCUCCUUGUUGCACGUGGUGCGAAAGGGGAAGGUUUACACCGCCGACUGCAAACCGCCGUCAAAGCUGUGGACAAGUGGGCAAAGAGCAUUAUUGGAGCGAAACUCCCGCGUGGUAAUCGUACAACCCUACUGCAGGUUGGCUCGGCACUGGUCACUGCAAAGCUGAUGUAUGGAAUAGGACUAGUGAGCCGAGGAGGUCCUGAGACCCUGCAGACUCUCGCUCCUCCGUAUAACAAAAUGGUACGCUACGCUUCCGGAGCCUUUGUGACCAGCCCUAUCAUUUCAGUCAUGGCCGAAGCUGGAACUCUCCCCUUCGAAUUCCUCGCAGUUCAAUCUGUAGCACGAACGGCCAUCCGGAUCCUAGCAAAAAGCCAAAACUACAGCACCCUUCCCCUGAUCCGGCGAACAUCAGAUCGACUUUUGGAACUUACGGGUACAGCACUUCCGGCCGUCGGUCCUUUAGUGAGACAAAGUAAUCGUGUGUGGCACGCACGAAAACCCUCGAUAGUGUGGGACGUUAAGAGAAGUGUACGAGCCGGCGACCCGCCGGACAGAGUUCGUCCAAUUAUCCAACAGCUAUUAUCGACCCGCUUUCAUGGGUCGACGGUAAUCUACACCGACGGUUCUAAGCAGGAUGAAACAGUUGGAUCCGCAUUUUACACUCAAGGAAUAGUCGGAACAUUCAGCCUACCGAAGGAAUGCAGCGUUUUCUCGGCGGAGGCGUACGCCAUAAAGAUGGCGAUAGGAAUCCGAAACAUCAAAACCGAGAUGGUGAUCCUUUCGGACUCGGCCAGCUGUUUACUGGCGUUAGAAUCAGGAGCGUCGAAACACCCGUGGAUCCAGGAAAUUGAACGUUCAGUACAAAACAAACCCGUCCGAUUUUGCUGGAUCCCGGGACAUGCUGGUAUCAACGGCAACACUAUGGCUGACCGACUGGCAAACGAGGCCAGGGGACAACCAAGCAUCGAUAUACCCAUCCCUGCAGAUGAUGCGUUGCGGAUGGUCAGACAGCAAAUACGACACCAAUGGGAUCAUCAGUGGUUCAAUUCAAGAGAAGUGAAAUUGCGAGAAGUGAAGGGUGACACACACAGAUGGAUGGACCAGGUCAACGCCGCUGAUCAGCGUGUACUAACGCGUCUAAGGAUUGGUCACACGAGAUUGACUCAUACGUUUCUGUUAAAGAAGGAUCCUCCACCCACAUGCGAAUACUGCGGAGUCACAGUUGACGUACGGCACCUGAUCCUUCAGUGCCGACAGUUCGUGGGAGAGAGGGAAGGCAAUAGAAUCAGUACAACAAGUCUGAGAGACGCAUUGAGUUACAGCGAGGAAAACACUAAAAGAUUGCUAAACUUUUUACACGAAACAAGACUGUACACGAAACUGUAA